AGUCUGCCUACGAUGAAAUCCGGAGAAGCAGCUGGGGCAGCAGUACGGUGAACACCACUCCCAAAGGUUCCCCACCGCAAAUCCAAACGGUGAGCCGGAUCCCGGAUUCUACACGCAUGGCACCUGUAGAUCCAUACCAAGUCCUUGGGCCCACUAGCAGCCGCUUGGCAAAUCCAGGUAGCGGUCAGAUCCAGCUGUGGCAAUUUCUCCUGGAGUUGCUCUCGGACAGCAACAAUGCCAGCUGCAUCACCUGGGAGGGGACCAACGGUGAGUUCAAGAUGACGGAUCCCGAUGAGGUGGCGCGACGUUGGGGCGAGCGCAAGAGCAAGCCCAACAUGAACUACGACAAGUUGAGCCGGGCGCUGCGCUACUAUUACGACAAGAACAUCAUGACCAAAGUGCAUGGCAAACGCUACGCUUACAAGUUCGACUUCCAGGGCAUCAACCAAGCCCAACAGGGGCAGCCGGGGGAGCCAGCCCUUUACAAAUACCACCACACGGAACUGCCUUACCUGCCCCCCUACCACCAGCAGAAGAUGGGCUUCGGCCUGGGCCACAGCACGCAGAUGCCCGCCUCGUCCUCAGGUUUUUUCGGCCAACCUGCCCCGUUUUGGAAUUCCACAGGGGGCAAUCUCUAUCCGAACCCCCCGGUGUCCAGGCAGGCUACCAACCACCUGGGCUCUUUCUUCUAAUCUCCAGAAAGUCCUUGGAGCGACCUGAACUUCUACCAGAAGAUCUCAAUUACACAAACGUCCACCACACCCAGAAACUGGGAUACGGGGAAUAUCAUCUUGAACGUAUUUGUGGUCAUCAUGAAUAAAGAGGGCGGGGGGUGGGGGCAGUACCACUCCCCGCCACCAGCAGGUGCUGUUCUGCUGCGCUAUCAAAACAAUUGUGCGAUCAUCUAAUCCACUCCUGGACCUAAGCUGGAAGAUUUUACCAGCCAGAUUUUGUGCUAUCUUCACCUGAAUUUUGCAGAGAUAACCUGGAUCUCUGAAUUAUAGGAGACACAGAUGAGUUGCCUCAGCUUACUUAAUUCCCCACCCCCACCACCCUCCAUCUAGUAUUACACCAUAUACAUUAUGGAAGCAGUAGUGGUAUGUUUCUUCGUAUAUGAAGUAGCGGCAAGGAUGAGGUUAUCACCUUAUGCCAGUGUUCCUCAAUCUUGGCAACUUGAAGUUGUGUGGACUUCAACUCCCAGAAUCCCUCACCCUCCAGCAUGCUGGUCUUGCAUCCUGAAUGGAGAAUUCUGGGAGUUUGACAUCUACUCAAGUUGCCAAGGUUGAGAAACAUUACUUUAACGAUUGCAUUAUAGUCAUUUUUAAUCUUUUCAGAAGUCAAAGUCCCGUCUAAGCCCACAUGUCCAACAUUUUCCCUCUGAUGCUGGCUCUGAGCCAUUAAAAUACUUAAGUUGCAGUACUAGAAGGAUUUUGGGGAGCUGCCUUCCCAAAAUAUUUCAGAGUUUUCUUUAGUCAGAUUUAUUAAAACGUAUGGGGGAUAGCAAGAAUUCCGGGAACUUUUCUCAAUUUAAAACCAGUAUAUCCUUAAGUAGUUUAGGGAGAUUUUCUGAAUCUUCCCCCUUAACCACCUAUACUCUAUAAGUCCCUCUAGUGAUAAUGUUUUCAGGAGGGCCUGCUGAAUCAUUUUCAGUUUGGAGACCAACUCUUGCAAAUUCAAUUUCAGAUGAGGACCAAAUUCAACAGACUCACUUUCUCAAAACUAGGACAUUCCAGAAGUGUGGACUAGGAGGCCCAUGAUUCCCAGCUAGCUAGUUAAAAAUGUGUAUUCUUUUGGAAUUAUGGGAAUGGUUGUUCCAAUGCAUCUCAAUUGGCCCAGACUGGCAAAGAUUGAAGUUCUUGGGGAAAGAAAGAAGCAAAAAGUUAACUAUAGUCCUGUUUGCUCUUAUAAAAUGUAAUUUUCCUUGGAAUUUCAGAAAGUUUCAUACAACGACAAGGGGGUUGGGAUGGGUGAAUGGACUCCGAACUUUUUUUACUCGUAAUAUGGAUGGCUCAAUGGAAGCACAUUAAGCGUAUAAACUACUGAAGCUGUAGGGUGGACUGAACAGCAAAAACAUGGCUUUAGAUGUUCCUCUCUGGAAAGAGCUACCUGCAAUUUUAAAACUAACAGUAAUGUUACUGUACUAGCUUUCUAUUUAUAGGAAUACCUCAUCCUUAUUAUUAUUAUUAUACACACUGGAAUCCAACACCUCUAGGCUGCAGUAGCAUAGUACUCUAUGAUCCUAUGGGUAUCAAGUCAAAUAGUCAGGUAGCAAUGGUGUAACAAGCCAUUGUGUGUAUAGAGACUAAAGGAAUAGGGUUUCUCAACCUGCAACUUUAAGAUGCGUGGACUUCAACUCCCAGAAUUUACCAUUCCCAGCACGUUGAAGUCCAAUCAUCUUAAAAGAUGCUGAGGUUCAGAAACACUGAUGUAGAGCAAAGGGAGAAGGUUACCUCUCGCAUACCAACAUGUCCUGGUGUAGGUCCCAUUUUACUUAAGAGCUUCUCUAACAAAUCAUGAAAUGGUGGAUCUGAAAGGAGCCUCAGAAGCCAUCUAGACAAACUCCAUCCAGAGUAGAAAUCCUGCACCUGUGGCUCUCAGAACAGACAUUGUCCCUCUUUGAGAACCUCUAAUGAGGACACACCACUGCGCAAGACUGAUCUCUCUACUACUAAAUAGUUCUUAUCAAUGAUGACGCUUCUCUUAAAAAACCCUUUCUCCCCACUGUUUAAAGAACUAUUUUUCUAGUUUCAAAUGCUGAAAAUUCACUCAUUGGGAAGUAGACGGUUUUGCCCGGUGGAAGAAAUGGCUUACACUUUGCAAUCUUGAUGUAUGUACACUCUCUUUGUGCAUAAAUCAGGAUUUAAACAAACUUUUGUAUUUAUAUCAUUCCAAAGAUAUAGUGACCUCCAGCCAGGUGGGGGGAAUGGAGAGGAGCUAGGGGGUGGGUGUUACUCAGCAAAUAUUCCUUUACACCAGGGGUGUCAAACUCAAGGUCUGGGGGGGGCCACAUCCGGCCUGCGGAGUGUUUAGAUUUGGCCUGGGGAACCACCCUGGAAACAGCGAAGGGCUGGCCCACGGUGCCUCUGCCAGCAAAAACGGAGCUUGGGAGGAAUGCAGACGGCCCUCCCGAGCGCUGUGUUCAUUGGCAGAGGGUUGCAGGAGGCCGUCGCAGCCUAAAACGGAGCUCAGGAGCUCAUUUUCACUGG